ACUGCAAAAGCAUCUCCUCAAGCAAAUACAUUACACACAACGUGUUAAAUAUGCGCUUGCCGAAAGUUAACGUUAAUCCUAUAAACAAUCAAACAAACAAUUUAACCCCUCCCUCUCCCUCUCCCUCUUCAAAUUUCCAGACAUAAAAGCCGGCGGCAAGGCUAGAAGUAAGAACACAAAUCCAUCAGACAAAUAGUAAUAAUCGACGAUGAGUAGCCAUCUCUCCUCUUGGUCUCGGCUAGAAGACAAGCAAUUCGAGCAGGCCCUUGUUUUGUUCCCUGAGGAAACGCCAAGACGGUGGGAAAAGAUUUCAAGCUAUGUUCCUGGAAAGAGUUGGCGUGAAGUAAGGAAACAUUACGAGGAUUUGGUUCACGAUGUCUUGGAGAUUGACUCUGGACGAGUUGAGGUGCCGGUUUAUGAUCAGGAUGAGUUGUGGGGCGACUCGACUACGAGUUUGGGUGGUGCUGCUGCUGAGUCUAGAUCAGGAAAGGAGAGAGAGCAUACAGAGAGGAGGAAAGGAACUCCUUGGACAGAAGAAGAGCACAGGCUGUUCUUGAUUGGACUGCAAAAAUAUGGGAAGGGAGAUUGGAGGAGUAUUUCAAGAAAUGCAGUUGUGUCAAGAACACCUACACAGGUGGCCAGUCAUGCCCAGAAGUAUUUUCUUCGUCUAAACUCAGUGAAGAAGGAAAAGAAAAGGUCUAGCAUACAUGACAUUACUGCAACUAAUGCGACCCAUUCAAUGGCACAAACCAAUCAUGAUCCAAUUUGGAAUUUUGAGCUGAUGGACCAAUCGGUGGAUGAACCACUGAGCCGCCCAGCAAACUUUUUCCAUGAUCAAGGAAACCCAACAGCCUAUCAAGGGUUCGGAUUUCCCAUGUGAUUGAAGAACGGGAGUUGGAUAUCUUGUAAACUUUACUUUGUAGUCUAAACUGAAGCAACCAGCUAGCAAGGUCCAGUAGGGACUAGAGAUAUGAAAAAAGAAAUUAUGGAUAUUUAUUUAGUUUGUGAAA